AGGGAGCGCGAGCAAGCAGCGGCACCGGAGCGUCUCCAUCCCCGCAGAGCCGAUGAAACACCGGUCACAUCCGGAGCAGCAUCACGGGAAAAGGCCCCGCGUUCCCGCUGCGGCCGCCUCCGCCUCGCCGCAAGACGGAAUGGAGGACAAAGCGCCGUCAAAUCCGCGGGAACUCACCCAGAACCCCCUGAAGAAGAUCUGGGUGCCGUGUAAAAAUGGCCUUCCCGAAAAACACAUUUCUCAGAGGAAGGUAUGUAUGACCAACUGUCCCACCCUGAUUGUGACUGUGGGCCUCCCUGCCAGAGGAAAGACCUACAUCUCCAAGAAGCUGACCCGCUAUCUCAACUGGAUCGGAGUGCCCACCAGAGAAUUCAAUGUCGGACAGUACAGAAGAGACUUUGUGAAGAUCUACAAGUCCUUUGAAUUCUUCCGUCCGGACAAUGAAGAAGGCUUAAAGAUCAGAAGACAGUGUGCUUCAGCAGCCUUGAAUGAUGUACGACAGUACCUCACAGAGGAAGGAGGCCAAGUUGCGGUGUUCGAUGCAACAAACACCACCAGAGAAAGAAGGGGAACCAUCGUCCAGUUCGCAGAGCAGAAUGGCUUUAAGGUGUUUUUUGUGGAGUCUGUGUGUGAAGACCCAGAUGUCAUACAGGAGAACAUAGUGCAAGUGAAGCUCGGCAGCCCCGACUACACGAACUGUAACACAGAGGAAGCAGUGGAAGACUUCAUGAAGAGGAUCAAGUGUUAUGAAAACUCCUACGAGACGCUGGAUGAAGUUCUGGACAGGGAUCUUUCCUACAUUAAAAUCAUGGACGUGGGUCAGCGGUACUUGGUCAACAGAGUUUUGGACCACAUCCAGAGCCGGAUCGUCUACUACCUCAUGAACAUCCACAUCACGCCGCGCUCAAUCUACCUGUGCCGCCACGGAGAGAGUGAGCUCAAUGUCAAGGGCCGAAUCGGGGGAGACUCCGGCCUCACACCGAGGGGCAAAGAGUUUGCAAAGAAGCUGAGUCAGUUCAUCCAGUCGCAGAGCAUUAGCGACCUGAAGGUGUGGACCAGCCAGAUGAAGAGAACCAUCCAGACGGCCGAGGCUGUCAAUGUGCCCUAUGAGCAGUGGAAGGUCCUGAACGAGAUCGAUGCUGGUGUGUGUGAGGAGAUGAUGUAUGAGGAGAUCCAGGGCCACUACCCUCUGGAGUUUGCCCUAAGGGACCAGGACAAGUAUCGCUAUCGCUACCCCAAGGGAGAGUCCUACGAGGACCUGGUGCAGCGGUUGGAGCCGGUCAUCAUGGAGCUGGAGAGGCAGGAGAACGUGCUGGUCAUCUGUCACCAGGCUGUCAUGCGCUGCCUCUUGGCCUACUUUCUGGACAAGACAGCAGAGGAGCUGCCGUAUCUGAAGUGCCCGCUGCACACUGUGCUGAAGCUAACGCCGGUGGCCUACGGUUGUAAAGUGGAGUCCAUCAGCCUAAACGUGGACGCAGUCAACACACACAGAGAAAGACCAGAGAAUGUGAACAUCCAUCGUACAACCAAGGACGCCCUGCAGACCGUCCCUCCUCACUUCUGAUACCUCUGCUGGGACCCAGUGAAGUUGGACCUCCUUCUCUCUCCCUCUUGUGACGGACUCUCUCACCUUCCAGAUCUGCACUGCCUGCUCUCACUGGUGACCAUGUGCCUCCUCCUCCUCCUCCUCCUCCUCUGCUGCUGCCACACAAACACCCCCUUCCUGUGUGAUCUGUCUUUUCUAAGGGAUUUUAAAGGGGCUGUACCAGAACAUCGUCUGGGCUCCAGUGUUUUUAUCUAAAUGCUACACGGUGUGGUACUCGGCAUAGCUGCUCCUCACAGACACACUCACUCACAGCAGAUUCCUGUAUGUUUGUCGCUAUCUCCAGUGUGGUUUCAGUGUGUUGAUAUUGUAGGCUUGACACUGAAGGUUGCUGUAGUAUGUUUGGAAGUGUUGAUCAUUCAUCCGAUCAUGUGAUUCUGUGCUCCAUGUUACUGUAUCGUGCAAUCAUUGUUUCAUGUGAAGGCGUCUUCAGUGAAAAUGUGCAAUUUCUGGGUUACAAACCUUCUCAGUACUAUUUUAAGUGUGUUCAGUGAACGAGUGAACGGACCGGGUCGCUAUUACGAAGGUUUUCUACAGUGUACGAAUAGUCACUUCAAUUUUAUACGACUGGGUGAUAAUAAUAACUUUCUUUAGCUAUGUGCCGCACAGUAUAUUUACUGGAUUGUCUGAAAUGAAAGAAAUCUAUAAACACAUAUCUUUAAGGAAAUUAGAUCAAGCUUUUUGUGAAGAACACAUCUGAGCAUUGAAAAAAGGCAACAUUUGCUCAGUUGUUGGUGUUGAUGUGGGUCAUGACUUUAAAAUCUACAUCCCAGCUCCACUAUAAUAAAGAUGCUAUUUUUCUAAACCAA